UGUCCGUUUCGUUCGCACCAAUAGGUGAAUUGAUCCGUUGGUAAAGUGAGAGCGCAGCUACGGACUUUCGAAGGUGUGUUAGUGUUUGCGUACAGAUAUGCUCGGUCUCUGCGUAGUGGUGGAAAUUGUUGACGUGUGUACUUACCUACAUCAUUACGAUAUAGAAGUAAUUUUUUGUAGAUCGCUCCGUUCGUAGUGACGGAGCAGUAUACGUAAGAGGUAUGUAAUUUUUGUAAACUUUUUCGGUCGAAAAGUUUUUUUUUUCCUUCGCCAACGUUCUUCAAAUCUCGGUUGGCCAUUUUCCGGUGUACUUGGCCCUGUGUGACGUGACGUUUUUCGUGUAGUGAAGUGAUAGAGUGGCUUGUGUUGCUGUGAAUGUUUUGAAGGGAGCUAGCGUUUUUUUUUCCUCAGGAACCACUAUCUGGUUCCUGGUGUGUGCUUCGGAAGCAGCUCUCUGCGUGAAAAGUCAAACCAACAUCGUCGAGAGUACGAUAGGAGAAAAGCAGCUAAGAGAUACCGAAAGUCGAACAGUGAACCUUCCAACGAUCUCCGCGACGGCCAUCACCACCCAUUGGUUUGAGUGAGUGUAGCCGAGAAGCCUUCCGAACAGUCCAAUCAAAUCUAAAGAAAAGAAAAGACAAAAAAAAGUGUCGAUACCAGCCAUCAAGGGACUACAAUCCCGCCGCACCGUACUUCCCUCUUUUUUUUCUCCCCUUGAAACGGGACGCCCGCGCGCGGCACGCUGACCAAACACUGGCAAAGCUGGCGGGCAACUCGCGAGGGCUGUGGCAGCUGAAGCAGGAGGCGAUGGACAAUAUGGUCGAGGAGAAUGGAUCCUCCUCGAUGGACCCGCUGGCCUCGGGCGGUUCGUCCGAUCAGCAGCAUCACAACAGCAGUUCCGGACCGGCUGGUGGCGGAGGUUCCCGAGUCAACAGUGGUGGUGGGCCCAGUUGUGGCGAAAACCUCACCUCGUCGGCAAACGUUGUACAAAUUCUCCCGUCAUCGCAUACCAGCAGCGGCAGCAUGCAGGCACAUUCAGUCAUACAACCUAACCAGCAAUCGGUGAUACAGACCGCAGCCGGACAGAUACCUGCCCUACCCCGAGGCGUAUUAUUAGUGUGUAACAAACCUAGCUCAGUCAUUCACACCACCCAAGGCAGUUUGCAGGCUAUACAGAUUAAACCAGAGCCGCACGUCGGUAGCGGUGGCAGUAUCAUGACCGAUACCAACAGUGACGACACGCUGUCGGACGACGAGGCCUCGCCAAAGAAGCGAAGAGAUUUACUAACACGACGACCAUCCUAUCGUAAGAUUCUGAGCGACCUCGGCGGAGCAGAAAUUGCAAAUGCCCACGGCGAUGGCUCAGGACUGCAUGCGUUAGCAGCGACCGGCGGUGGCGUAGUGCAAUAUUCCCAGGCCCAGGAUGGUCAAAUUUACGUACCUCAUCUCUUUCCCAAUGCAGUCAUGGGCGGCAACGUGCAGCUAGAGGACCAGUCCCGCAAGCGGGAGAUGCGCCUACAGAAGAACCGGGAAGCGGCCCGAGAGUGCCGGCGCAAGAAGAAGGAAUACAUCAAGUGCCUGGAGAACCGAGUGGCCGUGUUGGAAAACCAGAACAAGGCCCUGAUAGAGGAGCUCAAAUCCCUCAAGGAGCUCUACUGCCAACAGAAGAACGAUUGAGGAGAAUGAGGAGGAGGACAGCAGUCGGCACUCGUCACGGCGACUAUUGCUACUACCAUUACUUCAACUACGACCAUCAACGCUGUGGAUUGUUCCACCGAUCGAGGGAACGAAUGCCCCCAAAGGUAGGCCAACAACCACACAUACACACACACACACAUAUACCGACACCACACCACAACCACCAUCGAAUAGGAUUAUGUCUGUCUAUUUUGUAAACACGCGCUCUUGACAAGAGAAUAUAAACAAUAGUGAAGAAAACACAGAUGGCCGGCGCGGUUUUUGGUGUGUGCGUGGAGUGGGAAGAAUUUUCUUCGCCACUUCCCCCUAGAAUACACAUACACAUACAUAGAAAUGUAUUGAGAUCCAUCCAACAGAGAGAAGAAAAAAUAUACUAAACUAAACAAAGAUUUGUUCGAAGGACCCCUCGGUUCGAAUGCCAUCAGAGAAAGAUUUUGAAGGAAAAAAGAAUGAAACGUGUCUUAGCUCAAAAUGUAAGUAGGCUAUGCGGGAUCGGAAACCCCCUCCUCUGAAACUUCACCCCCUAGCUAUAGGAGAAAAAGAAAAGAAAUAAAAUGGCGGCGAAAUUACGAGAAUUUUCGCCCCACAUAACCUCUACAACAUCUACAUGUGUUGGUGUUGUUUUUGUUUAAUCUGUUGUUGUUGUUACCUUGGGAACAAUAAUACAUAAUCCGCUCCUUCGAUGCACGGCCGUUCAAAAUCCAACUCAGCCACUGAGUUAUAUUGAACGGUCGUGUGGAAGAGGCGACACCGGUGAAAAACAAAAGGAGGGGCUCAUCCCGAUCAAGCCAUCGUGUGUCCAUGUGUUUCUAUUCUUUUUUCUGUUUUAGUAGGCUUAGGAAAAACAAACACACUCUAAUUAUUCUUUGUAUAGUUGGGUCAAAAUUAUCGGAACGUUAUGGAAAAUGGAACGAACCUGUUUGUUGUAUUUCUUUAUGUAGUUGUACAGAAAUAGAAAGAGAGAUGGCGCCACCCUUGUGUGGCGCAAUUUAUGAUGAAGGAAAUUUUGAAUUUUGCGGUGAAACAACUACAACAAAUUUGUGUGCAAAAAGAAGGUCCAUUUUAUUAAUGGAUGGAACGCAGUUUCUCUUCCACUUUUUUUCGUCGUCGAUCGCGCUAUUUGACUGUUCUCUGUCAAAGAAGAAAACGAGACGAUUUUGGAAGGGACAAACAACUCAAAGCUUUGUCUGUUUUCCGUUUUUGCUAAACAAAAACAAAAUCAUCGGAAACGAAAACAAACUCACACAUACAAACUUUUGUGUGCGUGUGCAACUGUAAAAUAACCUUUAAAAUACUGAAAUGGAACCUCUGGCGAGGUUGAGAAUACUUGAAGGGUGUUACCCUUAUUGAGAAAACUACUAAUUGAGAGAGAAAAAUUGUACAUUUAGUGAAAAAGAAGAAGAAGAAAAAACAAGAUGAAGAGAAUUAAUUUAAGAGGAAACCAUUUUUACUUAUACACAAGAAUACCUAUAUAUUAAAUGUAAUGACGUAAGGAAGUAUAAUUAAAUUAGUAAGUGAGAGAGAAAGCGAGAAAGAAAGAUAAAAAACUAGAAAGAGAAUGGUAAAAUAAACACUCUAGGAGGCGAAAUUUUACUAAGAAACUUUAACUGAAUUGAAACACGAAAAUGGGGUUAAAGGUUAGAUUUGAUUUGCAGAGAGGAGAAUUAUGUCUUUUUCCUUAUUGAAGACGACGGCGUUUGAGGAAAAACAAAAACUUAGGGAAGCUCCUCUAAUCAAAGAGAAAGAAGGGAGAUGAACUUUUACUUUCGGACCAUCAUCGGAGACCGUACGUUCGCGGACGAAAUGAAUUAGAUAAUAAAUAUGUUUGGAAUAUUAUUUGUCGUCACCGCCGCCGUCAAGGAAAAUUGAACAUACAGAAAAUGGAAAACAAUGUGGAAUAAAAAUCAAUGAGCUGUUAACUAAAAGAGA